AUGGUUGUCGAUAAUUCGGAUCUCCAUCAUGGGGACUUUGAGAAGACCGCUGUUCUCAUCUUUCUCUGCUUGACGCCAACCUUCAUCUUGGCUCGCUUUGUGAGUAGAAUUACUUCAAAGCAGUUGGGCAUUGAUGAUUGGGCUGCGCUGUCUGCGUUUGUUUUUACAAUGAAUUGCAAUAGCGUAACACUUGCUGCAUUUUCCCAUGGCUGGGGACGUCACAAGAAGCACCUUCUACCAAGACAAAUCCAAAUAUGUCUGAUUCUCCACUGGGUCUUCCAAAUAACCUACAAAAUGGCCGUCGCCAUGAACAAAGCCUCCAUCCUCCUCCUCUACCUGCGCAUCAUGCCCCAGCGGUACUACCGGAUCCUAAUCUACUCACUCCUCACCAUAGUAGGCCUCUUCGCCAUCUCAACCACCAUCGCAGGAAUCUUCCAAUGCAUCCCCGUAGACAAGGCUUGGAAUAAGAAGAAGCCUGGGCAUUGCUACAAUCUGGUGAAUGCGUGGUAUACGAAUGCGGUGUUCUCCAUUACGACGGAUUUUCUGAUCUUGAUGCUGCCGAUGCAUAUGGUGUAUAAGUUGCAGAGGGAUAUGAGGGAGAAGUUCUUGCUGUAUUGUGUUUUUGGGUUGGGGUUUUUCGUAACAUUCACCAGCAUAAUGCGCUUCUUCGCCCUCAAAUCCGCAAAGAAUCCCGACACAACCUACGACAUAACCUCCGGCUUCUGGUCCGUAAUCGAGAUCAACGUCGGCGUGAUAUGCAUCUGCCUCCCCCCCCUACGCGCCCUCCUCUCCCGCCAAUUCUCCUUCUUCAACCGCUCUAGAUCCCGCGUCACCGGCUCGUCUAAAGGAGGCCCUUAUAAUCAUAGUGCUGGGAAGGCUGGAGAAGCGGGGAUUGGAAGCAGUGCGCCGAGUGAGUUGGUGACGAUUGGGGGGUCGGGGGGGAGGGGGACUCGUGAGAGGAAGGGGGACCCGGAGAGUAGUGAGGAGGAGUUGGUGUAUAUGGGUGGUUCUGGUGGUCGUGGUAUUGGUGGUGGUGGUAUUGGUGGUGGUGGUCGUCGUCGUGGAAGUGUGAGGGGUGGCUUGGAUGAUAGGAAGCGAGGGGGGAGUAGGAGCGGGGAGUUGGAUAUGGAUAUGGAUCUGGAGGGGGGUUUUGAUAGGGGGAUUAUGAAGAAGACGGAGUUUAAGGUUACGGAGAGGAGUAGGAGUAGGGAGGCGGAGAGUGAUAAGGAGUUGGAUGCCGAGAGUGUGUUUGGGGAGUUGGAGAGGCCGUGGGAGAGGAUUCCGCAUGCGAGGUGAGGGGAGGGGGGUUGUUGUACGUUUUCAUAUAUAUUUGUAUAUGAGCGAAAAUGGGCGGGACAUUGAAUUUAUAUGGAUGUUCUCGAAUCAAAAAUAUUUACCUCUUUCUGAUCGCAAGUCUUUCAGCAGCAACAAAUUCUGUCCGAUGUGUGCGUG